CGUAGAUCAGUAGAAUUUUCAAUCAAUGUGGAUUUCUCUCAGCCAAAUUGUCCUGCAACCUCCACAGCCAUAAACUCUCUGCCAUGCCCUUCCCCUCCCCCUCCUGCUCCAUCCCUCUCUCUGCUCCGCGCCUGCACCACCAUGAAGGAAUUCAAGAGAAUCCACUUCCUCAUGAUCCGCACCGGCCUCGCCCGAUUCGCUGUCCAUCAGCGUCGCCUGCUCUCCUUCUGCUGCGCCAGCGGCUGCGGCGACUUGGCCUACGCCCGCCUCCUGCUCGACGUAAUCCCCACCCCUGACCCCUUUCUCUGGAACUGCCUGAUACGUGCUCAUUCCGAUCACCGCGCGCCACGCGCCGCCGUGGCCGCUUACGUGGCGAUGCUCGCCAGUGGCCUCGCCCCGAACGCCCAUACCUUCCCUUUCCUGCUUAAGGGAUUCACUCGCGACGACGACGUCGUCCAGUGUGGCUACGAGCUCCAUGCGCACGCCGUCAAGUUUGGGCUCGCCGCCAAUUCGCACGUCCGCAAUGCGUUGCUCCGCAUGUAUGCUGUCGGCGGGAAGGUCGAUUCCGCCCGAGAGCUGUUCGAUAGUUGUUCUGAGAGAGAUGUAGUUCUGUGGAACGCUAUGAUUUCGGGUUACAAUAGGAACACCUUGUUCGAGGAAUCGUGCAGAUUGUUCGUUUCUAUGGCGAGGGAAAGCAUAAGGCCUAAUGGGAUCACCUACAUCUCGGUGCUCUCAGCUUGUGCCAAAAUGAGAAAUUUAGACUGUGGAAAGCAGAUUCAUCAGUGUGUGCUUACCAGCAGCCAUCUCCCUGAAUUGAGGCUUCAGAACGCAUUGAUCGAAAUGUACCAACAAUGCAGUGACAUGGAGGCUGCUUGGAGAGUGUUUGUAGAAAUGCCAACAAGAGAUGUCAUUUCUUGGACAGCUCUAGUUGUUGGAUUCGCAAAGUCUGGGGAGGUCGAUCGUGCUAGAGAACUUUUCGAUCAGAUGCCAGAAAGGGACCUUGUAUCAUGGACUGCAAUGAUCAAUGGCUACGUCGCCGCAAACAAAUUCAAAGUGGCUUUGGAGGUAUUCCGUGCAAUGCAGGUCGCAAUGGUCAGGCCUGAUGCAUUUACCAUGGUGACUGUGCUCACUGCUUGUGCACAAUUAGGAGCCCUCGAGGUAGGAGAAUGGAUUAGAACAUACAUGGAUCGCAACCAGAUCAAGAUGGACAUUGCCGUGGGCAAUGCACUGAUAGACAUGUACUCGAAGUGUGGUUGUGUCAAGAAUGCAGUCGAGGUUUUCGAUAGAAUGACCUGCAAGGAUAGGUUUACAUGGACUACUAUAAUUUCUGGCUUGGCUUUGAAUGGGCACGGGGAGGAUGCUAUCUAUUUGUUCUACAAAAUGGUCGAAACUGAUGUCAGACCAGAUGGCGUAACCUACAUUGGUGCUCUUACAGCCUGUGCUCAUGCGGGACUAGUCGACAAGGGAAGACAGUUAUUCUCAAGCAUGAUCACGAGACACGGAAUCAUGCCGAACGUCACACAUUACGGUUGCUUAGUCGAUCUUCUCAGUCGAUUUGGACAACUAGAGGAAGCAUUGGAGACGAUAAACAACAUGCCCAUGAAACCGAAUUCAGCAGUUUGGGGAGCUCUUCUUGCGGCAUGCAGAGUUCACGGGAACUUGGAAAUUGCAGAGUUGGCCGGAAAGCAUCUUCUCCGGAUGGACCUUCCGGACAGCGCUGCAUAUCUGCUCUUGUCCAACAUCUAUGCCAAGUCCAACAAAUUCGACGAAGCACACGAAAUGAGAGAAGCAAUAAGGGCGAAAGGGAUUCGAAAAGAGCCUGGUUGUAGUUCUGUGGAGAUGAAUGGGGAAAUCCAUGAAUUUGUGGCUGGGGACAGGUCUCAUCCCAGGAGUAGUGAAAUUUAUUCCAAGUUGGAAGAAAUGAGCAAGGAGCUGAAUGCUGCUGGCUAUGUGGCUGAUACCUCAGAAAUCUUUGUUAGCAUGGUGGAGAAAGAGAAAGCAAAUGCUAUCAAUGAGCAUAGUGAAAGGCUGGCAAUUGCUUUCGGAUUGAUAAGUUCAGAACCCGGGGCGACAAUAAGAGUCGUCAAGAACCUGAGGAUCUGUGUGGAUUGUCAUAACGCAAUGAAGUUUCUCUCUGAAAUUUACAAGAGAGAAAUUGUUGUGAGGGAUAGAAAACGUUUCCACCGAUUUAUAAACGGCCUGUGUUCUUGCAAUGAUUAUUGGUGAUCCAUACAUUCAGAUUGUGUA